AUGAGGCUCUAAUUUUCAUCAUCUGUAAACUGAUUGAGGAAACAAGAGUUUGUGAAUCAAUUUGUUUUUACUUGCUGUCAACGAAUGUGCAUACUUUAGCUACGCGUGUCCUUGCUUAAUUUUUGACCGACUAUCGCCAUUCAGCUUUGGGGAAAAGGGCAUUUGCAGAUGAUGUCUAUCUCAAUUCGGUUUCAGAAGUCCGCAGUCACACAAGAAACAGAGAACACCGACAAGACCAGGUGAAGCGGUUCUGACAUUGGAACGUCGUCCAACUUAACGUCUAUGUUCCUUUUUAGUAGAUGGCCUUCGAGGUUAAUUCAGAAAAGCUCUCCAGUGGGUGACAACACCUGCCUCGACUCCAGGGGACCAUGGAGGACUCCGAUUCUGAGUCUGUGCAAACUGUUAAAGAAAAUUCGCCGAAAACUGCAGUUCGUCAAGAUCCGCAUUGUAAUUUUGUGGCACAGCAGACGGACACUGCAUCGCCUGCAGAUAGGUACAGGCAAGAGAACCGAUAUCCAUUUCAUGAAAAUUUGAGCAAAAACUUGCCAUUGAUUAAUCCAAGCGCACUUGAAACCUUGGGGACUUUAAUGCAAGAGAUUCAAAAUACCAGUGGGACAGAUCCUGAGAUUCUGAAGAACUGUGAGGCAAGGUGGUUGCAGCUCUUUAAACUCGUGGAAAAACAAUACCAGGAUCAGAUUUUGUCUCAACAGGACCAAUACCAAUGUCAGAUCCAACUUAUUCAAGAUGAAAUCAAAGCGCUAAUUCAAUUGCAAAAUGACAUUGGCCUCCGACACUCUACAGCCAGGUUACCAUCCUUUUCAAAACUUGUAACUGAUACAACUGCAUCCACUUUUCUUAAUGGCGAUGGCUUUGAGGAACUGGAAUGUAAAAUAAAAUCAUUUGAUGUACAAUCUGACUGCAGUGAAACAGAAGAACAGGUAAUGGCUAGCAAUGAAUGUAAUCAUGAAUGGAAAGAACUUCAGGACAAUAUGCCACUGACCAGUGAAUAUGGAAAAUUUUCAGCAUCCAUGCAAUCUGAUUUUCAUGGUAUUGGUACAGUGCAUAAUUCCAAAUUGAAUACUGCAAACAGUAAACAGAAUAUGAAGGAAAAUGAUCCAGUUCGGCUGCAUUAUCUAUCCCGUUUUCCUCAGCUGAAAGAAAGUGGACAGUCGUCAGUGACUUUUGCUACUGCUAAUGAGUACUCUGUCACAAGCAAAUCAAUUCAAGACCUGAGGACUAACCUGGAAGAGAGUAGCAAUAAAUCCAAUUUGGAAGUGACAGUUGCGCCUGAGAGUCUGCCGGGAAAGCAGAAUAAGGCUAAUGGGUUGACAUCAUGGGCACAGAAAGUUAGACAGAAGCAUCACAAAUCAAAAUUUGUAAAUUCAGCUGGAUUGAAGAGAAUGCAACCACAGGGAUGUGGGCAUCCCCAGGAAACUGAAACACCAGAAGAUGUUCAUUUGCUAUCUGCAGGCUCAUCUCACAACUCCUUCUACCUCAGCAGACCUUCUAGCAGUCCAAAUUCUGUGGUAUCUGAUGUUUCAGGACUUUCUUAUUGGAGGCUGGAUGAAAGGGAGCUGUAUCACUCUUUACCAAAGAACAAGGAGGCUGACCUUGCUGACACAUUUUCUUCCAUCAAAACUGAUAGAUAUCAGCUUCCAGUGGGCUCCCGAUGGCAAGUCUCUUCACUGCGGGAGAUUUAUAAUGUGAAGCAGAAAGAAAAUCAGAGUGCACCUGGCUGGGAAUUGAGUUCCCCUCCACAUCGUCAGUCUCCCCCACAGGUUUUAACACUUGAUCCUACUCUUCAUAUGAAGCCACCUGCUGCAUUUUCUCCACAAUAUGACUUCUCUACUCCGGUAGCAGUUUCAGAAUCUGAUACUCGGUCUUCAGUCAGCCCAGACUCCAUAAUGAAUGUAACUGUCCAAAACUAUUCUGAUCAUAAUUCAGAAUUACAUGCAGAUACUUUGCUAGGAUCAGAAUUAACCAGUACUUCCAGAUGUUCCCAGCAGUUAAAGAGCUGGAAUCUCCAUCCUGCCUCUCGGGCUUUCUCUGCUGUCAACAGUCCACAUUCUAAAAAUUUACAGCCAACAAGGAAUGCAGCAGGCUCAUUGCUUGGUCAAGUAGACGGGUGCAGUUCUACACUGGCACAACCAUCUGUCCCUUCUAUUGGCCCAUCAGGGAUCAAAAAUAGUGUUAGUGGCUCAGAGGAUCACCGCGUAUCUGCAUCAUCUCUUGAAGAUCCUAUCGUAUUAUCUAUAGCUCGCCUAAAUCUGCGUGAGAAGCAUGCACGUCAUGUGGCUGAUAUUAGGGCAUACUAUGAGGCAGAAAUAAACAGCCUUAGGGAAAAGUUGGCAAGAUUAAAUGGAUCUUCUACAAUAUUUGAAGCAGAGAAACAUAACGAGGAUCUUUUAAAAAGGUGUGAACAACUGGAAAGAGCUUUAACUGAAGCUGGUAAUCGUAUUCAAGAUCUGGAGAACAAGAACUACUUAAUGGAAAUGGAGUUAACUGAUUGGCCAGCACGUUACGAUGCAGUUAGUGCCACGGCCAAUGCAUUACAACAGCGUCUUGACGAAAUGCGAAAAGACAACAAGGAGAAGGAUAACAUGGUCAACAAACUCAAUAGCAGGCUGAAAGAUCUAGAAGACGCCUUUGAAAAAGCUUACAAACAUUCUGAUAAUAAAGACGCCAGAAUGAAACAAGAGCACAAAAUAUUACAGAAUCUACUUAUAGAAUAUGAGUCACUGGGAAAAGAACAUGAACGAGUAAAGGAAACUUUGAGUACAACAGAAGAUAAACUAGUCGAUGCAAAUUCUCAAAUCUCUGAGCUGAAAAGGGUUACUUCUAAACUUGAAGCUCAAAUUCGACAAGUGGAACAUGAGAGAAACUAUGUGAAGGUCCGAUCAGGGGCACAUUGCUGUGCACGGACAUCAAGCAGUAGCCUUUUCCAUCAACCUGAUGAAAAUCAUUCUUCUACAAAAACUCUUCCUGAGAAUGUUGCAAGACGCAAGUGGCUGACUCCAGGUUCUGACUAUUCCAUCUUCACAGGACAGCCCUUGGAAAAUCACUGUAAUGCUUGUAGCAAUGACUUUGGGGAGACUAACCUGCAGCCCAGAAGGUACCAUUCUCCACCAGAGAAAGAUAACCCCUUUAAUCAGCGAGAUCCUUCAAAUGGUUUGGAGGAGCCAAUUCCUCCUAUUCUCAAAGCAUUACAAAAGCUUGAUUCCAGAAAUGUAUCUGAAAGCUGGGAAGCAGAAGCACCAAAACAUGAUGUCUCAGAAGCAGGUGAUGCUACAAAAUUCUUGAAUCGCAGACAGACUGUAGGAUUUGCAGAUUCCACUUGCAGUGGAGACAAGUCUGAGGACUCUGUUAAGGAUCGAACCAGAUCAAAAUGUAGUCGUUCUUCCCCAGGUCAAAGAUCAUCUUCUGUACCCCCUUCAAACCGGAGGCUAACACCCACUUCUACACCAACUAAACGGAACACUUUGCUAACAUCGCUGUCUGCUAAGUCCAGUCCCAAACGCUGUCCUAAAGAGAAUCUGUCUCCUGGAUUUAAUCAUCUCCUUGGCAAAGAAGAAAACACAGUGACAAAGUUUGACGUAAACUUGGAUGAAAUGGAGCUUCCAAAUUCAGUCCCAUCUCACAGUUCAAGUCCAAGAAAGAGACUUCAGUUCCUUCCACUGGAAAAUACAAAAGUACAAAAUUCAAGGAGUUGUGUUGAUGCUAAGUUUCAAGUUGAAACACUUUCAGAUUCUGUAUUAAAUGCGACGAAGGUGGGGUCUGUUACUAGUCGACCAGGUUGGGAAGACCAGAUGACCACUUUUCUCCAGAAAGAGAAGAAAAUUCCGAUGCUACAAACUCCGUAUGAGACAGAACUGACAUACAAAGCAAGAAUGGAGGCACUAGGAGAAACUGAGAAACUCUUUGAUGCACUUACACAAGAAAAGCAGCAGAUUGAAGCUGCGUUAAGUCGCAUACCUGGUUCAACAGGUAGAAUGACUCUGCAAGCAAGGCUUGAAAAGGAAGCUUUGGAAGAUCGUUUAGAAAAAAUCAAUCGGGAUCUAGGAUCAAUCCGUAUGACAUUGAAGCGGUUUCAUAUUUUACGAACUUCUGCAAAUUUGUAAGCUGUUUCCUGCUCUUAUUUGACCAAAUCAUUACUUGCACUAAAACUACAUGUAUAUGCACAUUUCUCAUUGAUAAAAGAUGGGUUUAUUUUGGAAUAUUGAAACUGAAUGAUGGCCUUAAUAUGUGUGUCUAUAUAUUAGAGGUCACACUGUAAGUGUAACAAAAUAUUCUGUGCCUUUUUUUACAAAUGUAGUCAUAACGUACUAGUUUUGUGAAUUAAAAAUUAGAACUAAAUCCCUACAAGAUUAUAUUUUAGUAUUGUUUAGAGACUGCACAAUAUCUGUACUUUUGUAUUGGAUGUAGAUCAUAUCGAGUGGUUACUGCUUGUAAAACCUCCACAGGGAUGUAAAAUGUAACCAAAUAUUUUGAAGACUUGGGAGUUUUGUUUCUCAGAAUUUUUUAACAUUUUAUAUUCAAUGUUGCAU